AUGGAGGCGCGCGGCGGUGCCGCCGCCGUCGAGACCCACCGCGUGGACCUGCCGCCCACGGCCAUGCUGUCCGACGUGAAGACGCUCCUCGCGUCGAAGCUCUCCGCGGCGCAGCCCGUCCCCGCCGAGUCCGUCCGCCUCUCCCUCAACCGCAGCGAGGAGCUCGUCUCGCCGGACCCCGCCGCCAAGCUCCCGUCCCUCGGCCUCGCGUCCGGUGAUCUCGUCUUCUUCACCCUAUCCCCUCUCACGGCCCUAGCGCCGCCGGCUCAGGCCCUGCUCCGGAACCCUAGCCCGGGCUCUGGCACUGCAGCGUCGGUCGCUGAGGCUGUCGACCCUGGGAAGGGUUCGAAGCAACCUGGUACUGGAGGUUCCUCUUCGUCGUCACAGGUGCAGGCUAUGGUGGUGAACCCUAGCUUUCCGGUCGCUUACGAUCCGCCGGAUGUGGUGAUGGAGGCGGCCUUCGAGGCGACGAAGGGCUGGUCGAGUUUUGUGCUUAGGGAUCUCAAGAGGGAGAUGAACAACGUCGGCAGCGCGGAGGGAACCGCUUCAGGUCGCCUGGUUGCGGCCUUACAUGCAGCUCUGCUUGAUGUCGGCUUUCUCACCGCCACUCAGAUGGGGUCUCACCUCUCACUGCCUCAGGGCUGGCCGUCGGGUGCUUUGAAGCCACUGACCAUCAAGUAUACCAUACCAGAGCUUUCAGCAAUGUUAUCUGUGACUGAGGAGGGGAAGGUGGUGGUGCUGAACUACUCCUUGAUGGGCAAUUUCGUUAUGGUAUACGGGUAUGUUCAUGGGGCACAGUCGGAGGUGUGCCGGUUGUGCUUGGAGUUGCCAGGGCUUGAGCCUUUACUUUAUCUGGAUAUCGAUCAGCUGAGUGGAGUGCAUGAGAAGGGAGUUCAUGAUCUGUGGAGAGUGCUGAAGGAUGAGAUUUGCCUGCCAUUAAUGAUAUCAUUGUGCCAGCUGAAUGGUCUGCGCUUGCCUCCAUGCUUGAUGGCUUUGCCUUCUGAUCUGAAGACUAAGGUAUUGGAGUUUCUACCUGGGGUUGAUCUUGCAAAGGUUGAGUGCACGUGCAAGGAAAUGAGGAAUCUUGCAUCAGAUGAUAGUAUUUGGAAGAAGUUUGUACCGAAGUUUGAACAUUAUUAUGGUGAGGGCUCUAGCAAGACUGCGAAGGCCAUAUUUGGAGAGGUUUGGCAGGCCAGUAAGAGACGGCAGAAGAGGCGCAAUCCAACCUUUUGGAACUAUGGCUGGGGAAACAGUCCUUAUAGGCGCCCACUUAGGUUGCCAUUGAUUGGUGGGGACUCGGACAGACUUCCUUUUAUUGGGAAUCUUGGUCCUGUGGGGCGUCACUUUGGAAAUCAACGAAGAAACAUCUCCCCGAACUGCAUACUUGAUGGUCACCGCCAUAACUUCCUUUGA